UGAGGUUCACAUUCCGAUAUCCGCGUCUGUGCGCACGGGCGACGUUAUUGAGAUCCGCUACAACAUGAUCACUUCACAGAACUCGCCCUUCUCGGUGCCGGUGUAUCUCGGUGGUGUCAUUCAGAAGGUCACAGGUCGCUUCCACUUUAACGUGAUUCAGUCGGACGGCGUUUUGACGGGUGCGCGCGAGACUCGCGUCGGUUUGUCUCCAAGGGUCUGCUCUUUGAUAAGAAGCUUUUGAAAAGCAGCGGCGCCAAGCCGCGGGACAUUGAACGCAUUUUGGAGUACGGCAGAGAGAUGGAUGCGUACGAGGCCGAGCACGGAAAAGACAUUAUGACUAGCGCCGAGGAGUCAGAGAAGCUGCGGGAGCUUCAGCGCUUGGCGUUCCAGGCGGCCGCCAACCAACGCAACUCUGCUUCCGGCGCUAAUACAGCCGCACUGUCAAACGGAAUUCCCCAGGAUGACAUUGCACUGAUCCCUGCGGCGCCGCUGUCGUCGUCGGCCUCUGGCAUUUCUGCGUCUGAGAAGAAGUCGCUCGACGGAGAGGAGGGGGAAGAGGAACCGGUGACACACGUCAUGCUUCGAGUUUUCCCGCGCAUUACGCGGAUGUUGCGCCAGAAAGCAGAGCAACUGAUGCGGUCGCGGUACCGAGAGCUGGAGGAGUACUGGAGCAUUGCGACUGCCCGCGGCAAGCAGCGCGUGACAGUCGAUGCCCUGGCUGAGCUGAUCUUUGGCGACAGCGGCAACAAGCUCAUUGGCGAGGUUGAGCGGCUGGCGACUUACAUGCACCUAAUCAGCAACCCGCUGCAGUACAUUCCCGAUGGCGAGUUCCUCUUUGUCACAAACAUGUUUUUCCUGCGCCACCCGUUGGCUGUUGAGAAGUUCCAAAAGACCCAAGAGCUGAUGCGGGAAAACUCGCCCGAGUUCCAGCAGUUUAUCCGCAAGGCUCGCCAGCUCGUUGCAUACUCGAACGCGCACGCCCCCACUUCGCCGAUCCGCUCGUCAAUUGACCCUGACUACGAGGCGUACAAGGAAACAAUGAAGUGCAGGCUGACCGACUGGGAAUCGAAUAUCAAAGUGCUCCAACGCCCGCCGCCGACCGAGCCCAUGCUGACCAGCGAGGAGGUCCAGGAGAUGAAGUUUGACAAGACGGACUUUUUGUUUAUUGACGCUAUGCGCCAGUACGUCUUUGAGCAGACGUCAGGGUACAAGAACUUUAUAUCUCCAUUCGAGUCGUUGGCGCCGCCCAUCCUCAAGAAGAUGCGCUUUUACCCUGGCUGCGGCGCCAACACGGUGACGAGCUUCCUGAUCGACAUCGGCGUUUGGCCCCACUGGUUCAAUCCCUUUAACCACUCGCGCGAGCACCCGUACGCGAUGCUUGGCGUCGAUAAAUCAUACUACGAGCGCCGGAUAGUCUCCAAUAUGCUGCUCAAUCGCCAUCUCGAAACGGUGAGAGCAGAGCGCGGGAACGCCAGCGACGAGGUGAAGCUCGCUGCGCAAGAACAGCUGGCGUCCAUAAAGGUCAACAAGUCCCUGGCGCCCCCUGUGCGCGAUUCCAUCCUGACACGCAAGCAGGGCGACAACGGCAGCGGCGUCAGCAUUCUUGGACAGGCUGAGUUUUACAGCCGUGACAUCUGCGAGGAUAUCCGCCACGACUUUGGCAAUAUGCCGGUGUACACGAUCGAUCAUGCGAGCACUCGCGAUGUGGACGACGGCGUGUCUAUCGAAACGGUCAGGACGACGAGUGGCGAGGAGCAGAAGUGGAUCCACAUUCACAUUGCCGACCCGACGGCCGUGCUUCACCCGGGACACAUUGCCUCCCAUGCAGCUCAAAGGCAGGCCACAUCGAUGUACUUUGUCGAGCAAACAAACCACAUGCUGAGUCUCCCGACGGCGGAAGAGCUGUUUUCGCUCUCGAAGCACUGCGAUGGCGAGCCAGUGCGCACGAUGACAUUUUCGGCGCUGAUUGGCGCCAAUGGAGACAUUGUUGACUAUAAGGUCCGCCCGGGAAUUGUCAACAACAUCAAGGCCACUCCGUAUGAGUCGCUGGCCCGCCACUUGUCCUUCGGGUGGCAGGGUUCGUCAGCAAAUUCACUGGCCAAGCUCCAGUCAGCAGUCCGCCACUCGACCAUCAUCCAUCCGUUUGUUCCAGCAGCGAGGAGCUCCGAAUGUAUGGCAACACGGAUAUCAGCGUUUCGGAGGAGGACAUUGCACAAUUGCGCGACAUCCAGGCAAUCGCGCGCAGGCAUACGGAGUUCCGCAAUAGGAACGGCGCAUUUUCCCGGCUGAGCAACAACUACGACAUAUCGGUCGGCGACGCCGCCUUGAAUCCGCCCACAUACAAUAUCAGCAACCCAAAAUUCGUUCAGAAGCUCUCCAGACGGCCUGAGCUUGACUGUUUGAAGUUCCCCAAGAUCACCACGCGCGUCGAGGGGAUGAC